AAGAGAAAGAGCUUGAAGCAUCAGCACACUUUCAAGUGUAUAUUAGCUGUUAUAUUAGCUGUGGGUUUUAGCUUGACGUUUGAAUUGAUGUACUAGAUACGCAAAACAGAGUAAAGGAAACGAACAAACUCCUACAAACUGCAAGAUGUAUCGUUUAUUGAUAUCUCCGGUGUCUCGGCAAUGUCUCGGCAACAUAUUCGUGUUUUAUUCGUAUCCUAUUCGUGUUACGAACGAAUAGUAACAGCGCGYGCAUCUUUAGAAAAGACGCGGGAAAAAAGAAGCACGUGAGAUGACAAGACUGAUAACAACAUGGCGACGUUGUUCUCCUACUUCACUAAAACCCCAAAAAGAACAUCCCCUCAAACUGCAGAUAAAGCUGAAGGAGCGAAGGAAAAUAAGACACCUCCAUCAUCUGCUCAAGGAGUUACCUCGGAGAAUGGAAAGUGUGGUGUAUCUACCCCUUGUGGAAUGUCAAACCACCAAUCGAAGAAGAACACUGCUAACGCGACCUUCAAGUGUUUUGACAUCGUUUGGGCCAAGAUGGAAGGACAUCCUUGGUGGCCAAGCAUAAUCUGCAAACAUCCUACUCACGAUAAAUAUUUGAAGGAUAAGAAAUAUCAUGUGCAGUUCUUCGGAGAGCCACCAAGCCGUGGGUGGGUCAACGUAAAACAAGUGCAACCAUUCAUGAAAGGAGAAAAGAAAGGUAACGGUGAUCCAGCCAUUAAGAAAGCUGUCAUUGAAGCAGAUAGAGCCUUUCAAAUGAAUACAAGGGAGAGAGAAGAACUGAUUAAGUGUGUACCUUCUGAUGAAGAAGAUGAGAAUGAUGAUGGAGAGCAGAUGGAGGUUGAAAGUGGUAAAGAUGACACUGAUGAUGAUGAUAAUGUGGACACUGGAAGGAAGAAUCAAUUCAAAAGUCGACAGCCACAAAGAAAAGCAACCAUGAAAGCCAGACAUCAGAAAAAGAAACGUUUCAUUAUAGAAUCAGGAUCAGAAGACAGUGAAUCAGAUGAGUUUGUACCUGAGAGUUCAGAGACAAGUGACGACGAUAGUGUCAGCAGUGGAGUGGAUGAAAAAGAUGAUGAUGAAUUUGAUGAACCAAUGUCAGAAGAUGAAAAAUCCAAGAGUUCUAGAAAGCGAAAGAGGGGUUCGUCAUCAACAUCUCGUCCAAAGAGUAAAAAGCUAAUGAAUGGCAACAGCUCUCCACAUAUGCCAUGUAUUAACAAAACCCCAGUUAAGCCAAUGUCAUUAUCAUCGUCACCUUCUGUUGUGUUGCCUGCAUCACUAGCCAAUAAGGUAUCGAACUCUGCCACCAAGGCUGCCUCCUUGCUUUCCAAGUUCCAGAUGACAUCAUCACCUUCAACAUCAAGUGAGAAAAAGACUGAUGAGGAUAGUGGUAAUGGAUUUGCACAUGAGAAGCUGGAAUGGCUAAAAGAACAGAAAAGAAAAGACAAACGUGGCAGGCCGAUGACACACCCUGAUUAUGACCCUAAGACACUACUGGUCCCUGCUUCAUUCCUUUCAUCUAAAGAAGUCACUCCAGCUAUGAAACAGUGGUGGACACUCAAGUCUGAAAAUUUUGAUACAGUUCUCUUUUUCAAGAUUGGCAAAUUUUAUGAGCUCUACCAUACUGAUGCUGUCAUUGGAGUCAAGGAACUUAAUCUGAUAUACAUGAAGGGUAACUUUGCACAUGCAGGCUUCCCUGAGAUAGCAUAUGACAGAUACUCAGAUACUCUAAUUCAGAAGGGGUACAAGGUUGCUAGAGUAGAACAAACAGAAACUCCUGAAAUGAUGAAGGAAAGAUGUAGAAAAGAACGUACAAAUUCCAGGUAUGAUCAGGUGGUGAAGAGAGAGAUUUGUGCUGUUACAACGAAAGGAACCAAGAUGUACAGUUUUAGAGAUGGUGACUGCACAGACACUGAAGCAGCUUAUCUUUUAGCUAUAAAAGAGAAGGGAUAUGAUGAUACUGUUGGCGGAGGCAGUGUUUAUGGAGUGUGUUUCCUUGACACAUCGAUUGGAAAGUUUCAUCUUGGUCAAUUUGAAGAUGAUCGUCAAGCAUCUCGUCUCAGGACACUCAUUGCUUGUCACACACCAGUGCAGGUGUUAAUUCCAAGAGGUGGUCUAACAAGCAAGACACAACAUGUUCUCUCACAUGAACUCAUGUCUACUAUCACUGAACAAUUAGCUCCAGGGAGUGAAUUUUGGGAUUCAUCAAAAACCCUCAAAUUCCUUGCAGAAGGAACUUUCUUCCAGGAAAAUAAAAUGGAUGUUGAAUCAGUGGUUUGGCCUGACUUACUCAAAGAAAUGACAAGUGGUGAUCCACACUGUCUGACAGCUGCUGAUGAUUAUGAGUUGGCCAUCAGUGCUCUUGGUUCUGUUGUAUGGUAUUUAAAAAGAUGUUUAAUAGAGGAAGAGCUACUCUCCAUGGGAAAGUUUGAGAAAUACCAGCCACUUGACUGCAUGCAAGACUACAAUAAAAAUGAAGUCAAGUUUGCAGAAGGAAGACAGCACUUGAUCCUGGAUGAUGUGACCCUGUCCAAUCUAGAUAUUCUCCCCUGUGGCCCUGAUACAAGUACUGAGGGUACUCUGCUAGACAGAUUGGACUAUUGCUCUACUGCAUUUGGAAAAAGAUUGUUCAAGCAAUGGCUGUGUGCUCCUCUUUGUAACCCCUCAGCCAUCAAUGACAGACUGAAUGCUGUUGAGGAUUUAAUGACCAUGCCUGCUGCUAUGGCAGAUGUCAAAGAUAUUUUGAAGACAUUACCUGACCUGGAACGACUGCUAAGAAAGAUCCAUAGUAUGGGGUCACACUCACGAGCACAUAACCAUCCUGAUGGUAGAGCUAUACUGUAUAAUGAAGACACUUACAGCAAACGCAAGAUCUCAGAUUUUCUAAGUACUUUAGAAGGGUUUUCUAAUGCCUGUUCUAUAGUAAGUGUGUUUAAAGACUCUGCAGAAAACUUCAAGUCAAAGAUUUUGUGCCAGGUGGUUUGUUAUGAGGAAACAAAAGGCAAAGGAAGAUUUCCACAUCUGGAAAAUAAUCUAAAAUUUUUCAAGAAUGCUUUUGACCAUGCCAAGGCCAAAAAAGAUGGUGUUAUUGUUCCUAAACCAGGGGUAAAUGAACCUUAUGAUGAAGCAUUGGAUGACAUCAAAGCUGAAAAGAGUUGGUUUGACCAGUAUCUUGAUAAACAACGCAAAAGACUCAACUGCAGAAGUGUUGUUUAUUUUGGUUCAGCAAAGAAUCGUUACCAGCUGGAAGUUCCAGAUUCAGCUUUGAGUAAAAACACACCAGAUGAUUACACGUUACAGUCGCAGAGAAAAGGCUUCAGAAGAUACUGGACUUCAGAGAUUGAGGAACAUUUAGCUGACCUAAUGGAUGCUGAAGAUCGUAGAGAUGUAGCACUUAAAGAUACCAUGAGAACAAUUUUUCAGAGCUUUGACAAACACUAUGACAUGUGGGAUAAAGCAGUUCAGUGUCUUGCUGUACUAGACGCCCUUGUCUCCCUGGCAACAUACAGUUCCCAUGGUGAUGGACCAAUGUGCAGACCUGAAGUUGUUCUUCCAGAAGUAUCAUGUGACGGCGAUGUCCAGCCAUUCCUCGAGAUCCGUGAAGGCAGACAUCCAUGUAUUUCACGUACGUUCAGUGGAGGAGACUUCAUCCCUAACCACACUGUUGUAGGCAUAGUAGAUAAUGAAGAUGAGAGUGGUUCAGUGUCAACUGACAAUGCCCUUAGCACAUGUGUCUUAGUGACUGGACCGAAUAUGGGUGGUAAAUCCACACUGAUGAGACAAGCUGGUUUAAUUACAGUCAUGGCACAAUUAGGGUGUUAUGUACCAGCAGAAAAAUGUCGUCUAACCCCAGUAGAUCGUGUAUUUACCAGAUUGGGUGCACAUGACAGGAUAAUGGCAGGCGAGAGCACAUUCUUUGUAGAGCUGAGUGAAACGUCAACUAUUUUACGCCACGCAACAAGGAACUCGCUUGUUCUGCUCGAUGAGCUCGGUCGUGGUACAGCCACUUUUGAUGGUACAGCAAUAGCAUGUGCUGUGGUGAGAGAGCUCUCUAGUAAUAUUCGAUGCAGAACGCUAUUCUCCACUCACUACCACUCCCUAGUGGAAGAAUUUGCUGGUGAUCCUAAUGUUCGCCUUGGACAUAUGGCUUGUAUGGUGGAGAAUGACGAUGAGGAGGGAGAUCCCAGCAAGGAAACCAUCACAUUUCUAUACAAGUUUGUCAAAGGAGACUGUCCAAAGAGUUAUGGGUUUAAUGCAGCAAGGCUUGCAGGCAUUCCGGAUGAGAUUAUUUCACUAGCAGUGCACAAGUCAAGAGAGUUUGAGGAGACAUUGGACCAAAUCAAACUUUUUAAGAGGUUCAUUGGAAAUGCUCACGAUUCAAGCUCGAUCAAGAAUUAUUUAAACAUCGUUAAGAAAUUAAAAAAGUAGAUUUUAAUAAUAAGAAGUCUUAUUAAACACCACUAUUAAUAAUGGUGUAUACAUUUGAAUCAGUUAUAAGAUGUGUCUUCUGUCAUUAUUCACGUACCUAGUAUCUAGGUGAAACUUAAUCGUGACAGUUGUCACUUCAUCAUAAACCUAACAAGGUACAUUCCACAUAGAAAGUAUUUAUGUGUUUAGGCGUUGCCUUAACAUUUACCCAUGAUGCUUUGUAAGACAGCAUAUUCAAACUGGUAAAAGAAAAAAAACACUUAUUUUCCUACACUUGAUUAGAAUUGUGCGAAUUUUUUGUUUAUGAUACACUCAAAAAAUUGUACUCCUCUUGUCCAAUCAGAAUUGAGUAAUUUCGUAGAGUGUAUUAUGAACAAUGUUAGUAGGAAUGAGCCAGCCUGUACCGCUCAGAAUGAGUUACAUGAUUAGAUUAAAAAACAAUAGAUUGGUCAUCCAAACAAUAGCACUAAAGCUAACCUUACGAAAGCGGUACUUUACUUAGGGAGCAAUGAAAAUCCAGCUUUCAAGUGGUACUGGAUUACUCGUAGGAACUAAGAAAACUUUUCAGUUACAAUAAUUUUGUUGUAGGCACAAAGCAUUGUGGUUAAAAAAAUCAAGCUGUAAUACUCCAUUUUACAGUUAACUUCAGUGACCAUGAAUAAUGAUAGUUCCAAGCUGAGGUUGGAGUUGCAGCRCAUUUCAAAAAGUACGGCUUUGCUAUUUGCAGAAACUCCAACCUCGACUUCAAACUGUUAUUAUUCAUGGUUACUGAACGGAACUGUAAAAUGGAGUAUUUUCGUAUGCUGACCAAUCUUUAGGAAUCGCUUACCACUCUUUUUAUUGCUACGCGCUGAUCGAGACAACAGUCACAACGGGGAAAUUCGGCAAUACACUUCCAAUCAAAAAAAUUCGUCUGUAUUGCCCUAUUUCCCUGUUGCGACUGUUGUCUCGAUCAGCACGUAGCAGUUAAAGUGUAUAUCAAGGAAAAAGUUUUAUUUCUAAAAUCACUUAUAUUUGAACAGUGUAGUAGUAUGGUGGCGGCAUUUUUGUAUGUAGAAUGGCUUACAUUUUGCAGUGUAAUUUACAACAAGUGUUCUGAAGUGAAAUAACCUAAAAGUGUACAAAGCCAUAUAUUUCAGUUAUAAGAAUGAUUUUGCAAAUGAAAAAAAGCAGCACUUUCCAAAACAGCAUUUUUGUAUA